UCCCAAUAUACCCAGGGCAGACUGUGACGCACUAUUGAGCGCGCAGAUCUGUCGUAACAUGCUUACCUCUUCUCGAAGUCGACGCAUGUAAAGAGUUGAGUAGCUCCAGGUCCCGCUUCAAGCUCGCCGUUUCCCCUUUCGACCUGGAGUCUCGCUCGUCGUUCGCCCUUCCACCACCGCCGCACCUUACACAGCCGUCUUGCUCGCUCGCCUUUACGUCGAUUUUACGUUCACCAUGCCUCGCCCCAACAACCCAGCUCCCGGUCCCCGUCCCGGUUCCGGUGCUGGCGCCCCAAAGGCAAAGGGCGUUCCUGCCCCGAACCGUGGAGUCGUCCCGGUUAUUCCCCUGCCCUACAUGAAGAAUCGUGGCAGAGGCAAGCAACCUUCCGUUUCCGCCGCCAAUGGCUCUUCCCUCAAGAUUCAACACAACGCCGAACUCGCCGAACCUGCCACCCCCGAGACUGUUUCGACCGACGUUAGCAAGGAUUCCAAGGGCUCCAAGGAAGGCACCGUUGUUGAUGAGCCUGCUGCUGCUCCUGCCGCCGCCGUAGAGUCCAGGUCUGUCAAUCACGUUGCCGAAACCACGCCCGCCGCAAACUCGCCCGCUAUCCCUCAACCGACCACCUCCGUACAAGCUCCCGAGCCUGUUGUCUCCCAAACCGCGGAGGAGCCCGAUUUCGACCAACCCACUGCUUCUGCACCUGCCAAGGGCUCGUCCGCCGCCACAAAGACUACUCAAGCUGGUCCCCCGACCACUGCUGCCCAACCGCCUCCCGCCAUCCCUCCGAGCCGCUAUACCAUGCCCCCUGCCUUUCAGCCGGCUCCCCGCCCACUCGGGCCUCUCGCCAACGGCGAUUCCGUUCGCGGGCCCCGUCAAGGCGUCAAUGGCCUCGGCAUGCACCAUCCGCACCCUAGCAAUGGCAGCCUGCAGUUUGGCGGCUUUGGCUCCAACAGCUCGUCUCCUGCCCCGCCUCAUUCGGCCGGUUUCGGCCCGCCGCCCGGUUUGCCAGGUCAUCCUGAUGGUAGACGCGCCUUCCACGGUCAUGGCCACGGUCAUGGCCAUAGCCAUAGCCAUAGCCAUAGCCAUAGCCACGCCCACGGCCACGCUCACAUGUACGGCCACUCCUACGGCCACUCUUACGGUCACGACCCUGCCGCUCCCGGUCUUGGUUUCCCUCCCAUGGUCCCCUACAUCACCGAGUUCGUCCCUGUCAGCACCGCCAACGCCGAUGGCCAUGGCCGCCACGUACCCGCCCCGGCUGGCAUUGAGCCCUUCGUUCCACGUGGUGCCAACGGCUACGGCGCUGGUCCAUCCACGCCUCACAGUUUCCAGGAUUCGCAGUCGUCCAACCAGCCCGAGGAAGGCAAUCUCUUCGGCCACUUUCACGCGCCCACCAAUAUCAAUGGCGUCGCUGGUAACGGCGAUGACCGCGGCCAGCCGCGACAGCGUGGCGUCCCCGGCUAUGGAGGACCUCCGCCUCCUCCUCACCAGGCGAUGAUGCCCGGUCACAUGCCGCCGCCGCCCAUGAUGCAGCCGAGACGGGACGGGCAGGACGAUGGGCUGGUCGGCUUCCUGCAGACUCAGUUUCAGGAUCCGGCUUUGACUGACUGCACCCUCGAGCUUCGCUAUGCGGACGACCGUGCCCCCCCUGUACGCCUCUCUGCCCAUCGCUUAAUACUUGCCCGGAGCGGCGCUCUCCGCAGCCUCCUGGAUGCCGCCAGUGCCAGCAACGGCGAUUCGACCCCGUCGGGAGCGGCGAACCGUACCAUCGUGCUCCAGUCCGACGAUAAGUAUCUCCGCUCGGACGCUUUCUGGAUGGCCGUUCAGCGUCUCUAUGGUUUCCCCCUCCUCGAGGCCCCCGAACCGGCUGCCAUGGGCGACGAGGGUCUCACUAUGGCUGGGACGGCUGACAGCCGCUUCGACUUUGCCCUGGGCUAUGCCGCCGCCGGUUCUGUCUUGGGUUGGACUCCGGUGGUCGUGCGCGGUCUCGAUAUCGCGUCUCGCCAGAUCACGUUGACCACGCUCGAGAAGGCCCUCACUUUUGCCUUGGCUGACGUGCCUGACCGAGCGUCGGCCGACGGCCACACCCAGUUCGCGUACGGCGAGGUGGUUCAAAUCAUGAUGGACGGGAUCGUGUCUUUCAUCAUCAACAACUUCCCCGCUUUCUUCCGCCUCGAUACGUCCGUGGUCGACCCCGAAGGCUUUGCGCGGAUUCCGCCCGUCCCGACGACAGCUGCGCCCUCCGAGGGCCGUCGGCCGCGACCGACGCACAUCAAGUUUGGGGACAUUAACGACGGCCCCGCUGGGCAAGAGGGGGGCAACGCCGCCGGCAGCACGGAUGGGGCUUCUCCUCUCACGGCGGAGCAACGCAAUAUCAACGCCACCCUUUCCAGGGUCCUCCUCAAUCUGCCGUUUGCGUACCUGAAACCGGUGCUCGAGUCGACCGGGUACAGCGUCCCGGGCUGGGCCAGCUCGGAGAUGCGACACCAAAUCAUGGUGAGCGUCGUGUCGGAGCGGGAGGCUCGGCGGACUCGCGCGCUGGAUGCGGUUCGCGAGGGCCAAGUACCUCGGGCGGCGCAGAUCCGACGCUGUCUCGAGAGGGUGGAGCCGCGCCACGGCGACGCCUGGGACGUCCUUGGCUGGCAGGAAGAGGUGGUUCCAUACAGGGGGGAUGCCCCCUCUCUGGUCCGUAACUGGGUGCCCCUGUCGCCACAGGGCGGCGAGGGGCGGUCCGGAACGGCACCUGCGCCCGCUUUCCCCUAGUGGUUGACCUUUUGACGUGACGACCACACCAACCGACGCAAAAGGAAAGCUGCGAAGCAAAGAACUAGCGCGGUCUGACGACUUAUGAGACUAACGAGCAGAGCGCAAACCAUCAAACGGAUAUACUACGUACGGGGAAGUAGUGAAUCGGUACCGUACAAGAAACGGAUCA